GGCGCGGGCCCAGCGGCCGGGGCGACGUGGCCGAGCCUGUGGGCCGCGGGCGAUGCGGUUUGCCUGCGAUGAGACUGGGUUCUCUACACGGGACGGACAUCCUUUCUGAGCUGCUGUGAAUACGCUUGGAAUGAUCCUGUAUAUUUUCAUCUAAUGGAGAAUUAGCUGAACCUUGGAGGAGGAGCGCUGCACUGACGACUUCAGAAUAGCCAUUCACAAUGUCAUCCAACAGGAGUCAGAACCCCCACGGGCUGAAGCAGAUCGGCCUGGACCAGAUCUGGGAUGACCUCCGCGCCGGGGUGCAGCAAGUGUACACCAGGCAGAGCAUGGCCAAGUCCAGAUACAUGGAGCUCUACACUCACGUCUACAACUACUGCACGAGUGUCCACCAGUCCAACCAGGCGCGAGGGGCUGGCGUCCCACCGUCUAAGUCAAAAAAGGGGCAGACGCCCGGGGGAGCCCAGUUUGUUGGCUUGGAAUUAUACAAACGACUUAAAGAAUUUUUGAAGAAUUACUUGACAAAUCUUCUUAAGGACGGGGAGGACCUGAUGGAUGAGAGUGUGCUGAAGUUCUACACCCAGCAGUGGGAGGACUACCGCUUCUCCAGCAAAGUGCUGAACGGCAUCUGCGCCUACCUCAACAGACACUGGGUGCGCCGCGAGUGCGACGAAGGCCGGAAAGGGAUCUAUGAGAUCUACUCGCUUGCGUUGGUGACCUGGAGAGAUUGUCUGUUCAGACCGUUGAAUAAACAGGUAACAAAUGCUGUUUUAAAAUUGAUUGAAAAGGAGAGAAAUGGCGAGACCAUCAACACAAGACUCAUCAGCGGAGUCGUGCAGUCUUACGUGGAGCUGGGGCUGAAUGAGGACGACGCCUUUGCGAAGGGUCCGACGCUAACGGUGUAUAAGGAAUCCUUUGAAUCGCAAUUCUUGGCCGACACGGAGCGGUUUUAUACCAGGGAGAGUACCGAAUUCCUGCAGCAGAACCCGGUCACCGAGUACAUGAAGAAGGCGGAAGCCCGUCUGCUGGAGGAGCAGCGCCGGGUCCAGGUCUAUCUGCACGAGAGCACCCAAGACGAGCUGGCCCGCAAGUGCGAGCAGGUGCUCAUCGAGAAGCAUUUGGAGAUCUUCCACACGGAGUUCCAGAACCUGCUGGAUGCCGACAAGAACGAAGACUUGGGCCGCAUGUACAACCUUGUGUCCAGGAUCCAGGACGGCCUGGGAGAGCUGAAGAAGCUCCUGGAGACGCACAUCCACAACCAGGGGCUCGCGGCCAUUGAGAAGUGUGGGGAGGCCGCACUGAACGACCCCAAAAUGUACGUGCAGACGGUGCUGGACGUCCACAAGAAGUACAACGCCCUGGUCAUGUCCGCCUUCAACAACGAUGCUGGCUUUGUGGCCGCGCUGGACAAGGCCUGCGGUCGCUUCAUCAACAACAACGCGGUCACCAAGAUGGCUCAGUCCUCCAGUAAGUCCCCCGAGUUGCUGGCUCGAUACUGUGACUCCCUGCUGAAGAAAAGCUCCAAGAACCCAGAAGAAGCAGAACUAGAAGAUACGCUCAAUCAAGUGAUGGUUGUCUUCAAGUACAUAGAGGACAAAGACGUGUUUCAGAAGUUCUACGCCAAGAUGCUGGCCAAGAGGCUCGUGCAUCAGAACAGUGCGAGCGACGACGCUGAGGCAAGCAUGAUCUCCAAGCUGAAGCAAGCCUGUGGCUUCGAGUACACCUCCAAGCUCCAGCGGAUGUUCCAAGAUAUUGGUGUCAGCAAAGAUUUGAAUGAGCAGUUCAAAAAGCACCUGACGAACUCGGAACCCCUGGACCUGGACUUCAGCAUCCAGGUGCUGAGCUCGGGGUCGUGGCCCUUCCAGCAGUCCUGCACCUUCGCCCUGCCGUCCGAGCUGGAGCGUAGUUACCAGCGGUUCACAGCUUUUUAUGCCAGUCGUCACAGCGGCAGAAAGCUGACGUGGCUGUAUCAGCUGUCUAAGGGAGAACUGGUAACAAACUGCUUCAAGAACAGAUACACUCUGCAGGCGUCCACGUUCCAGAUGGCCAUCCUGCUGCAGUACAACACAGAGGACGCGUACGCCGUGCAGCAGCUGACCGACAGCACCCAGAUCAAAAUGGACAUCUUGGCGCAAGUCCUGCAGAUUCUGCUGAAGUCGAAGUUACUGGUCUUGGAGGAUGAAAACGCGAAUGUCGAUGAAGUGGAACUGAAGCCAGAUACCUUAAUAAAAUUAUAUCUCGGUUAUAAAAAUAAGAAGUUAAGGGUCAACAUCAACGUGCCGAUGAAGACCGAACAGAAGCAGGAGCAGGAGACCACGCACAAGAACAUCGAGGAGGACCGCAAGCUGCUGAUCCAGGCGGCGAUUGUGAGGAUUAUGAAAAUGCGGAAGGUCCUCAAACACCAGCAGCUCCUUGGCGAGGUCCUCACGCAGCUGUCCUCGAGGUUCAAGCCGCGGGUCCCCGUCAUCAAGAAAUGCAUCGACAUUCUGAUCGAGAAGGAGUACUUGGAGCGCGUCGACGGCGAGAAGGACACCUACAGCUACUUGGCUUAGCCUCCGGGGAGGGUCUCGCCGUCCGACCCGCAGCGCCCGGUACCCGGCGGAGGAGCGGAGACCGCCACGUCCGCAGCAGCCAGCCUGCCCCGUCGGGACUCCCUGUUCAAGACCGAGACCCCGGCUCCCCCCCGCCGGUCUCAGGCGCACAUCAGAACCGCUCAGGAUUGACACAUUUCAAGUCUGUAAAUAUGGACGCCGACGCCAUCGAGCCUGACCCGGGGAGGGCGCCCGCCCCGCAUCUCCCCCCCGGCCGCCGGGCGCCGCCUGCAGCCCUUGGAGAGCAAGUCUGACUGGACCCACGUGUAACCUGCUAUGGAAAACCAUUUGUAUAGUGUGUUUCAUUUUUUAAUGUGUGAAAAUAAAGAAAAUUAAAGGAUUUCUGUACAAGUCGCAUUUGCUUUUGUUUCAAGGUUUACUAAUUUCUAUAUGUAAAUAAAAGCUAUAAUGAUUGUGCAAAUUUAUAUUC